UCCUUAUUCCAAGGGUGGGGUAAUGGUGGUCUUGGAGGACCUCUGGCGUUGGGUAACGGUGAAGCAGAUGCCAUUUAGGAGGUCAGACUGUAAGGAGAAAAUAGUGAGUUGAACCUCAGAUUUACACGUUUUUAGGCAGCUGCUUCCGAAUACACAGAAGACAACGGUAUACUAUUCCAGGGUAAAGGGAUUAGAGAGUAUCAGCCCUCUGCUCAAAUCCAUUGAUGAAACUCCAGAACCCAUUUUAGCAAAUGUCAAAGGGGACUUUCCCAAAUGGUUAAGGGGAAAUCUGCUGAGAAAUGGGCCUGGGAAGUUCGAAUUUGGAAAUGACAGAUAUAACCACUUGUUUGAUGGCAUGGCCUUGAUGCAUCAGUUCAGAAUUGAUGCUGGUAUUAUAACAUACAUGAGCAAGUUUCUACACAGUGAUGCAUACCGUAUCAACAGCACACAUAACCGAAUCAUGGUAUCGGAGUUUGGAACAGUAGCCAUGCCGGACCCAUGUAAAAGCAUUUUUGAACGCUUCACUAGUCGAUUUAAUAUAUUGGAUGCAACAGAUAAUGGCUCUGUGAACUUUGCAUUGUACAAGGGGGAUUACUAUGCUACCACAGAAACUAAUUUUAUCCACAAAGUGAAUCCACAUACCCUUGAAACAGAAGAAAAGAUAGAUUUGACCAAAUAUAUUGCAGUGAAUGGAGCCACAGCCCACCCACAUUAUGAUCCAGAUGGAACAACGUACAACAUGGGCAACUCCUAUGGCAAACAUGGUAUGAUGUUUAAUAUCAUUGCAGUUCCUCCACAGAUGUCAGAUGAUGAGGAGACACUUCAGGGAGCAAAGAUAGUUUGUGGCUUUGAACCAGAGGACAGCUUAAAUCCUUCUUAUUACCACAGCUUUGGAAUGACCAAAAACUACAUCAUCUUUGUUGAGCAACCUCUAAAAAUAAAUAUAAUGAAAAUUCUCACAUCCAAACUCAGGGGUAAAAGUCUUGGUUCUUCAAUAAACUGGGAUCCAGAACUCAACACCAUUAUCCAUGUAGCAAAUAAACACACAGGAGAGAUCAUUCCUUUAAAAUAUUACACCAAAGCCUUCUGCUUUUUCCACCAUAUCAAUGCCUUUGAAGAUGAUGGCUUCAUUGUAUUUGAUAUUUGCCACUUUGAAAGUGGGCAUUUCCUGAAAAUUUUAACUCUGCAAAACCUGCAGAAAGAUGGGGAAGAGUUGGAUGAGAUAUAUAACACAGUUCCAAAAGGAUUUCCACGAAGAUUUGUCUUGCCUUUGAACAUCUGCUCCAACACACCGAUUGAACAGAACCUCAAUACUUUAACAUACAGCACAGCAUCUGCCUUCAGAACGACUGAAGGAAAGAUUUGGUGUGAGUCUGAGAAACUAUAUGCUGAAGACUUAGUGAACGAAGGUGGGUUUGAGUUUCCACAGAUUAACUAUGCAAAGUACAACACAAAAAAAUACAAAUUUCUCUAUGGAUGUGGAGCAGGCCAUGUGGUGAUGGAUUCUCUCUUGAAGAUUGAUUUGGAAACAAAGACAUUUAAGAUCUGGAAAGAAAAAGGCUACUUUCCAUCGGAACCAAUCUUUGUGCCAUCUCCUGAUAGUGUAGAGGAGGAUGAUGGCGUUAUUUUGAGUGUAGUCAUUUCACCAGAUCAGUGCAAGAAUAGCAUGAUGCUUCUGUUGGAUGCUAAGACCUUCACUGAGAGGGGUAGAGCAGAGGUGCCUGCCCAAAUGCCAUUCGGAUUUCAUGGUGUAUUUGCAAAAUGUUAGAUUGGAUUAUAGUGAGUCCACGCUUUGCUGUUACUCCACUUGCUUCACUCUGUUUCUUCACGGGAAAUCUACCAUAGUUCAAACAAAAGCUUGCAAUUUUUAUAUUAGCAAAUAAUAAUAACAUGUUUUGAAUUUAGAGCAAUGGUUUCCAGUUAAACAACGUGUUUAAUGCUCAGCGUGUGUGGUAUGGGACACAGAAUGUUCAUCGCCCAGUGGGGAAAAAAACCCAUUGUUAGAGUUCAAUUUAAACAAUCCCUAAAUACGUACCGAACGUAGAUUAAAAGGAUCAGAACAAUAGUCACCCUUUAGAGGAAGUCUGAAAAUAGUCUUGAACUUUGUUUCCUCUCUGUUGUGCUAAAUAGUCACUGCUGGAAUCAUAUAAUAUAGAAUAGAUUGAUCCACAUCACCUGAGCCCAUGUUGAUUUAGUGAUGAGUGGGUAAUUUCCCCCAAAUAAAUUGUUGAAUCUCUCAAUGUUCAUUCAUUCAAAUACAAGUUAAAUAGAUUUCUCUGAGAAAAUAAUAUUUGGAGAUUUAGAAUCUGAUUAUCGAGAGUAAGCAUGGUGACUCUCGUGAUCUUGGGAAGAAACAAUGGCUGUGAAUCAAUAGUUUCCAAUAUUCUCCAUGGCUGAGUAUUGUUUUUUGGAUCUGCUGUGGAGUAAUUGAUAGACAAUAGACAAUAGACAAUAGGUGCAGGAUUAGGCCAUUUGGCCCUUCGAGCUAGCACCACCAUUCAAUGUGAUGGACUGAAUGCUGUAAUUCAGGGGUCUCCAAACUACCAAACAGGCCAUUUUAUCCGGCCCACAGCAAGCUCUCAACAGUUCCGUGGGAGGGAGAGGGAGGGAGAGGCCAAGGGUACCCGGCGCGCUGUCUCCCCGCUCCCGGACCUACCCGGCGCGGCCCUUCACUGCACCUGGUCCCCGUACCGGCUGCAACCCGGGGGCGGGGAGACACUGCAAAGAUAAGUUAUUUCUAUUAUUGGGGGGAGUUGGGAGGAUAAGAUAUAAUCUAAAAGUUAGGACAAUGUCUUUUGAAAAUGAAGUUGGAAACCCUUUUACACUCAGAGAAUAGAAGAAGUUUGGGUAGCUGAGGAAAAUGCCAGUUAUGUUCAAUAAAAUAUCUAUAGAUUGACAGAUUUGGGUUAAACUGUGGUGUGGAGAGGCACAGGCCUGGGGCUUAAUCUCACCGCCCAGGGGUCUGGAAGAUUUAUUGAACAGUGAUUGGAUAGGACAUGAAGGUAGCACUGCUUAAUCAUUGGUAAAGAAUUAUUGGGAUCAUGCUGAAAUUGGCUCUAUGUAAUCAUAUUUAUUUUAUUUAAUGAGCAUUGUCUACUGUGGAGCAAAACACUACAAUAAGCCUGCAAUUUCCUCUCUUUUUCAGAUUAGAGUCACAGAGUACCAGACUAAUGCUCAUGCAAUGCCCACCAACAUGCCCCAUCUCCACUAGCUCCAUUUGGCCUAUAACCCUCCAAACCUUUCCUAUCCAUGCACCGUCCGAAAGUCUUUUAAACAUUGUUAUUGUAUGUCUCAACCGGUUAUUUGAUUUACCUACUGUUGUCUCUGUUGUCCCUUGGAUUAAUUUCCAUUUUAAUUUUACAUUCACCUUUUACAUACAUGUUUAAUUUACAUGUUUCACCUUUCACUGUAAACAUAUGCCCUGUGGCUCUUGCUGCUUUGCAUAUCCCUGUUGGAAUUUUGCCGAUGGUUUCAGCAUUUGUGAUAAUGAGGUGGAUAUCAGCCCACUCCUAUUUUCAAUCACUUUCCAGGUACUCCUGGUGAAAGAUGGAAUUGUACCAGAGAAUAAUUUGUGAUUUAAUAUUUGAUAAACCUAAACUACAUUCAAAACUGCUGUCAGGAAAUAUUGGAUUAAACAUCUCAGCACAAGUGAAGUUUCACAGUUAUAAUGUGCCCAAACUUUUAACAUCGUCACAAAAAGUGUUUGUAAAACAAAGAAGGAGUUUUGAAUAAAAUACAAAGUGCUGGAGGAACUCAGCGGGCCGGGGAGUUUCUAUAGAGGGAAUGGACACACGACAUUUUGGGUCGGGACCCUUCUUCAGACUUUACAAGCAUGUAGCCUAUUGGACAAUAUACAUCCUUAAAAAGGUAAUUGCUACUUGACCUAUUAACUUGUAUACAAUAGUUAACUUGUAGUGACUGAUCUGUACAUGUAUCUUCCUAUUGCGGAAUAUAGAAAAUUGCAUUAAAAUGUGAUUCCUGAAUUGUAUGCAAGAAUUGUUGAUUUGUGAAAG